UCGCAACGGACCAACCGCCCCCUAAAUCGUACACAUCUGCUGGGAAACGGGUACCGGACAGAGUCGCGUUGCUCAAGUCCCUGCAGUCUUGAUGAGGGACAGUCCAUUCUAGUUGAUGAGUAUGAUGUCUCUGGAUGUGUAUGUAGUCCGUCCGAUUUGCGGCAUGAAAUUUUGCCGUCUCAGCAAUUGCAGAUUUAUCGCUCAUGUAGGGCUCAUCUCCUGAAUGAGUCCGGUCGUCGAAUGUGGAAAGGAAAGUUAGAGUUUAUCGAUUAUGGGUUGCUCUAUCGGUAUUUCGAAAAAAGAAACAUGGCAAAGUUGAUGCGAUGGCCCAUUGCCGGUCUGCGCAGUUAUGGCUACUGCAAGCGCAUUUUGCCUUCGAAACAGGUCGCCGAUGUGCCAUGUAAGCGGCCGCCAAAACUUGUCCAACGGUGGCAGGCGCUCAUGUCACCCUACACUGCUGUGCAAUCUGGCUGGGCGAGGCAACGUCAACGGUACCUAAGCGAUGACUAUAUCUACCUCAGUAGAACCCUGCUGCAGUCGUCUGCACCAUGUAGCACCACUCCUUCAGCUGGGGAUGACUAUCUAGUGGCCAUUUCCAAGUUCGUCAACACCCACUCUUAUGAAAACCAACAUACUCAUGUCGUUUGCCGUUGUACCGACCUACCUGACUUCGAAGAUCACCACCAAUGA